CCAAUUUGGUCUGGGUUUCAAAAUCGCGGGUGAUACAACGUCCCCCCAUCGCUCUCUCGAUUCACCGUCCUUGCCUCUGAGAACUCAUCAUUUCCUUCAAGAAGAAAAGGAAAAGGACACUAUCAGAGCGCAAUUUUCCUCCGAAAUACCACUGUACAAGUGCCUAGGAGGAGGGGGAACAAAAGGAAAGAGUGAUGCUUGGGAUUUCUUAUGGGGAGCUGUUUCUCAUAAUUGGUGCUACUGCUGCUCUAAUUGCUGUAGUUCAGGCCCAAAGGAUUUGCCAAUAAUUGCAAGAACUGCGGGGAGGUUAGCUGGAAGGGCAAUUGGAUAUGUCCAAGUGUUCCGUGGCCAAUUCGAUAGUGUUAUGCAGCAAUCUCAGGCUCGUCAGGUGCAUAAAGAACUACAAGACACUAUUUCCCAACUUGAAGCCAUUUGUCAUGAGAUUCGAACUAUAUCUUUCAUGAAUCCUGGUCCAUUAACACGCAGCCUUGUGGAAAAUGCUGUGAAUACAUCUCCUACCAAUGGUAUAGAUGAAACUGGGCUGGGAAAAGUUGAUAAAGAGAGCAUUUCAGCAAUCCCCACUGCUAAGGGUUAUGCUUCACAAGCCUCAGCCUCAUCUGACAUGCACAGCCAAGCUAUAGCUUAUGCAAAGUUGGCUGAAUCUAAGUCAUUGAACCCUGCUUCUGUGAACAAUGAAGUUCUGAAUGAGUUAACGGAUGAAUCUGGUCUUACCAUCCUACCUGUUUCAGCUGAAAGUGCAGGAUUGUUACCAAAUCGAAAAGAUACGGUGAUGGGAUCUGAUAUAGUUUUGGAAGCAGUCUUGGAGGCAGAGGUGGCUCGUAAUGCAAAAGACUUCUUUUCACAGCCUCAAAAUCUAGAAAAACUUGAAUGAGAAGAUUUGAACACGAUUUUGUUCGACAAUCCAGCCAGCAAAUUAGCUAAGAGGAUCAAGCUCGGUACUAGUUGCAACUAACCACAUCAACCUUAUGCUUUGUCAAAGCGAAGCUGCCUGCCGUAAAAUGGAAUUUAAGAACCUCUGUUGUGCUGUUCUACCUUCACUUCUUGCAAAUACAUGCAACAUCAUUUCAAAAGGGGAUGGAUGAUGAUUUAGCCCUGACCUAGACCUUGGUCUGUUUACUGUACUGGCACCUUACUAUUAGAUUGUGAAUAUUGGAGAUGCCUUAUGCUGUACUCUUACUUUUAACUGAUGAACGUCUCCAGCUAAAAGCUGUUUUUACCCCCCCUUCUCUAGAUCUUGUCGUCUCUACUGUUUAGGCUGUUCUGUUCAAUGUACAUGCAUGUACCUAAUCAUGGUGGGCUUUGUGCUUUUUCGUCUCGUAAUUGCAGAUCAAGAUGAUUACGACGUCAA